ACAGCCACUCGCCUGGUGGUGAGAGAUGUCGACGUGAGCAUAAAGGCACGAUCGUACACUGUGCCACUGCUACUCUCCUCCAACUUCACACUUCUCUUGGUAUCCCUAUCUUCGAGCUGGCUCUCGAAGAAGUCGCAACAUUUGUCCUCUCACCGGCUCACCCGCAUAUCUCUCUACGAUCAUGCUGACCGUGAUGACCUCUGGCAGGCGUCCCACCAUCUCCGCUACCUCUGUCACCGAUGGCGGCAGCAGCACAACGCGCCGUCGACGCUCUCAGACAUUGUUCCCUCCUUAUUCCCUCACCACUCGCAGUGUCCUCACUACCCUACGCCAACUGCUGAUCAUCAGCACCACCCUCCUUUUCGUCCUUCACACUGCGCAUGCCGCCCCCAUACACAUGUCUACGGCUGUUUCAGUACCACAGCCGGGCGGCCCUGUCAACCCGAUGACCUGCUCCAAUUCCGCCUCCCUCGGUUGUUCCAGCCAGUCCACCGCACCAUUCAACUCGCCCGAGCGCCUGGCCUUCGAGGCAGCCAAUCCAAUCUUUGCCAAAUCGAAGCCACCCAACGCCAGGACAAUCAGCUCUGCCAGUCCCUCCGCCGCGACGACUGCAAGCACGAUGGUCAACCGAACGUCUGCCGACGAUGACGAGGAACGUCAAACACUCGACGCCGUCAUCGAAUGGGUAUUGCAGGCCUUACUAGACCAUCUUGACGAGACGGAAGAGCAUGACUUGGCUGGCGAAAGGCUGAAAACACCAAAGGCGACGGUGAACGACACGGACGUCAAGCUGGGAAAGGGGGUGCAGGAAAGGCGCGACGCCUACGGUCGGCCGCUGGCGACCCUGCGGCAACCUGAUCACGUCGGUGGGUCCAGCAUGGAGGCCGAGCAGCAGCAGCAGCAGCAGCAGCAGCGAUUCCCCUCGCCCCCUUUGUCUUCUUUCGAAACCUCCGCCCUCAAGUCCGGCAUGACGCUCCAUCCCGAUAUCGUCGACACGGUGCCGACGCUCACGCCUCGAACGUCACAAUGCCGCAGAGAGGGCGGUGACUCUCCUUUGCAGGCCGACGGCACAAGAGAUGAAAGAGACACUGUCCCGCCGGGAUCGAACGCAUUCGAGAGGUUCUGGAAUAAGAUACUGUUUGACGGAUGAAGUUGGGCAUGUUGCGACCUGAUAGAGCUGGUGGCGAAAU